AUGAUUGCACUUACAGAAGACGUCGGAAAGCUUUUUGAGGAGGUCCUCCAAGAAAUUUCUCAGAAUGUUCGCACAUUAAUGGAGGAACUAUGGGUUACCUGGUCUCAUUUGGGUGUUGAUGAAAAAGCAAAAAUAAGUAACAUCACUAGGUUGGUACAAAUAGAAAAAGAGUUCCACCGGGAGGUCAUCUCUGAGACGGGCCAAAAGCUCAUUGCUUUGCAAACCCAAGUUGACAAACUCAAAGAAGAAACUGAAGAACUCAGCCGAUGCCUCUCAGUUGAUAUUAGUAUAUUGGAAUUUAAAGAAGAUAUGAUGUUAAUAGACUAUAAAAAACAAUUGGAAAAUCAAAUUGCAGGAUACAGAGAACAAGUUGAGCAGCGCAGAACAAAAAUGGAAAGGCUACUGGAGUGGCAAAAUGAUCUUGCCGAUAAACUUGGUGUCACAAUACAGGAGUUGCAGGAGAUACCUCUACCGUCAGAGGAAGAUCUGAACAAACUCAAGGUUCAUUUGGAGAUGCUGCAAGCUGAAAGAGAUAAGAGGGCAGAGAUAUUUCUGAAUACUCAAUUUGAAGUUAAGGAUAUAAUGGAUAAGUUGCAAAUCAAACCUCAGAAUAAAUUUGAGCAUGCAGUGGUUACUUCAUUGUCUGUGGACUUCAGAGUCACUGAUAUGAACAUGGAUCGUCUCGCUAAGUUGCAACAAGAUUUACAGGAAAAAUAUGAACAAACCAAUAAUAGGGUUUUGGAGUUGCGUGAACGUCUUGCCAAGCUCUGGGAUUGCUUGGAAGAAGACCAAAUCUACAGGGACAAUUUCUUGCAAGCUCACCCAGGCUGCAAUCCUCAUACCGAGAAUGCUAUCAAGGAAGAGCUUAAGAGGUGUGAUCAAAUCAAGCGCCAGAAAAUAUCGGUAUUUGUAGCCAAUGUCCGCACAAAAAUCAAGCUAAUGUGGGAUAACAUCAUGUACUCGAGACAAGAGCGUGAGGAGUUUGUACAUUAUUAUGAAGAUAUUUUCACUGAAGAUACACUCACAUUGCAUGAACUGUACUUGGAUAAAAUCACUAAGUUCUACAAUGAAAAUAAGCAAAUUUUCGAUCUGGUGUUGACCCGCAAGAAUCUCUGGCUGAAGAUGACGGAGUUGGAAGCUCGUGCGUCGGAACCGGGUCGGUACAACAACCGCGGCGGUCAAUUGCUCAAGGAGGAGAAGGAGAGGAAGGCCAUUGCUAGCAAUUUACCGAAAAUUGAGGCGCAAAUUCGUGAUCUGGUCAUGGAGUACGAGGCUAUAUCCGGUAGGCAGUUCACUGUUGAUGGAAAACCUAUUUUGCAACUAAUGCAAGAUGAAUGGGAGACUAGGAAAGCAGAGCGGCACAGCAAGGUGUCGGCGCGCAAGCAGGCGCUGACGCCGACCACGCCGUCGUUCCGCGCGCUCGCCACGUCGCCGCUCGGCAAGCGCGACCGCACCGCCGCCGCCGCCGCCGGCCUCGCGCACACCGUCGACCGACACAGACUGCCAAGUAAACGCCAACUGGUGACGGGCAGCGCUAAGAAGGCCACCUCUACGUUCGCGUCCAACCUCUCUGCGCUUAAGAGAUCGGCCAUUACUACUGUUAAGAGGCGCAUAAGUGGAAGGCUAGCGGCACGAACGGCCGCAGAUGGUUUAGGGGAGAAUGCUAAACGUAAACUGAACUAUGGUGAAGAGGGUAAGAAGACGCCAAAAGUUAUUGUCAACGGCAGCAUUCUGAAACAUAAACGAACCUCGCUGGGGCGGCGGCGCAGCGCGCGGCGCUCGCUGAACGCGACGCGCUCGACGGACGCCGCGGAGCCGCGCGACCCGCUCACCGAGUCCACGCUGCUCACCACGUACACGGACUUUAAGGAUGGCAUUCAUGAGAAACAAGUGAGCCGCAGUUCAAUGGCGUGCAACGCUAACGGCAUCAUCCCAACCAUUACAGUUCAGAACGACAAGGAAAACACCCCAAAAAAACCACCGCGCAACCACCAAAUGACGCCGAAAAUCGGCAAAGAGAACAACCUGCCCGUUACCCCCACGAAUCUCAUAUUCACACCCACUAGACUCACUAGAUCAGCGCUGAAACUCAAUAACGAUGGUUUCGCAACACCCAGGACGCCAUUGAGCUCGAACAAAGCGAACCUCCAGCGUCAGAACACGGCGACAAACAUGGCGGUCAAAACUACGCCCGGUAAUGUUAGCAGAUCAAAAUCACAUUCCCAUCUCAUCAGAGCGAAAAAUCUACCGCCUCUCAUCUAACUUAGAUUUCUUGGUCCGAUCGAUUGGUGUAAUAUAUUUUUGUGUGCUAUCUUUAUGGAACAGCUGACGAGUACUGUUACAUUGAAAUGGUUAAAAUAUCUUUAUAACUCCAUACUUCAGUACCUGUCUAUAUAAACAUAUGAGAGAUUAUAAUUUGCGGGCAAAGUACAAAACCCAGCUUUUAAAAUGCUAUGGCGUUUUUUUUUAUGUAACGUGUUACCAUAAAAGUAGGAAUUGGGAAAUUUGCCUUUGAAUAUUUAUAGGCACUGUUUUUAUUAAUUAGCAUAACAUCUUACAAGGUUUCAUCUUUUAUGAUAACUUACAUAAUUAUUAGCACAUCGUCUUAUCUUUAUAUCGCUCAUGUGAUUUCAAUGUUUUUACUGACUAUGUAUGUAUAAGCCGUAGAAAUGUACCAUAAGUUGCUUUUUCAAUUAAUUGUUUUAUUUUAAGGUUUGCUUUUGUUCUACAUCAGCCCAUCGAUUUUAUGAUAUAAUGUUUCACGACGCGUUAACACACAAAUUCUUCAAUAUCGGUGUUUUAUAUUUACGGUCUUUGUGUAAAUAUGUGGUUCUAUGGAAGGGAAGCGCUGGUAAAUUAUUUUACAGGCGAAAUUCCCUUAGUAAAGACCAAAAGGAUUGCGUCAGCUUCUAUUGAAAAGUCCAAUCUUCAAUAUAAUUAAUGACUAUUUUUAUUAUUUUUAAUGUUAAUUACGACUGUGUUAUGAUUAUGAAUAGUAUUUGCUUUUGUAGGUUUAAGUUUUUAGAAUUUGAAUACAAUAUUAAUUUCGUUUAUUAUUAUUUUGAGUGCGUUUAAUUCCAUCUAUUUGGUACAUAUUGGUUUAACCAUUAGCGUUUAAAAAGAUUUUAAUAUAGAAUUUAAUUUUAUUGCGACAUUAAUACUAAUAAUUAUUUUUUAUUUUAUUUUUAAGUAUAUUGAUAAUUUUACAUGCUCGUCAUUCAAGUCUUUUCGACAUGCUCAAAAUAUUGUGGUUGGCAGCUAAAAUUGCUGCAUGUACUUAAAAAAUCAGUAUUGAAAUGAUAAUUAAUGUCUUGAUUAAUGCACUAUGGGUUUUCAAUUUCGCACCGAUUGUAAUAGUAUUUAAUUUUAAUAUAUAAUUAUGUAAUGCAAGCAAUGUGUAAAUUAUGGUUGUAAUAUAUUAUUCAUAGUUUAAAA